AUGCCAGAACUAUCUCAAUUGCAGCAGGGAGAUUUUAUUUCCGAAGAUGUACAACCACUGCAUUACACACUUACUAAAGAGAAAGAUCAAUUAGUAAAUACACUGAUCAUUCAACGAGUUACUCGGAAGUAUCAUGCUGCUAAACUGAUUUGUGAAACUGGACAUCCUGUGGGUUCGGCUCACCAAACAAGUAUCACAAUAUUUGUGAAACAUGCACCAGCUAAUGUCACAAUUUCAGUAGAAACUGGUAGCAUUGAUGAUGAUCAUACUGGUGGACGGCUUGAAAAAGUAGCAUAUGCACGUGCCGGUGAAAUGAAGACAUUUAUUUGCAAAACUGCUCCAUAUUACGGUCAGGCAACUAUUAAGUGGUUAUUUCAAGCAGCUGGUGCUAGUAUUACAACACCACCCAAACAACUGGUUGAUAAAGCUGUCACAUUCAAAACACCUGAUGGAGAGAGUGUCUAUCAAGAGUCACGGAUUCAGAUCACUGUUCGACCAGAAGAUGACAGAAGUUAUAUAGAUUGUCUUGUUUGGAGUGUUGGAGAUGCACGCAUUGAUUCAAGAGUUCGCCUAGAUAUUAUCCAUCCCCCAGAUACGCCUAAGAUUACUGGUUAUAAAAGUGGCCAACCAGUGAACAUGGCUCAUCUUUUGGAAUUUACGUGUACUACCACAGGUGGCAAUCCACUGCCUGAACUCCAGUGGUUUAAAGAUAAAAAACCGAUCACAAACAAUGGUGAACCAAUUGUUGUUGGAAAACAAACUACUAUUAAACUAAAGCUUGUACCACAAAAAGAGGAUAACGGUGCUGAAUAUCAUUGUUCAGCUCGUAACACUGCAACAAACAAUGAAUGGAUAGAUAGUGAAGCUAUAAUUUUAAAUGUUUUAUUUCCACCACAACGAGUAAGUUUAAAUUUUGGCGGUAAAUCGGUAGUUCAAAGUGGUGAACAACUUGAAAUCAACUGUCAAGCAGAUAGUUCAAAUCCAGUUGCUGUUAUCACAUGGCGUCAUUAUCAAUGUGGACCAGCUCAUGCGUUUUAUCGACGUCAUUUAUUACAACAACAACAACAAAAAUUACCAAAAUCUAGUAGUAGUACAAAUGAAGGGGAAAAGUGUAAAUUAUUAGAACUAAAAGGUUCCGAUGAAACACCUAUUCCUGGAGCAUCCGGUGGUUUAUUAGCCAGAAGUCAUUUAUGGCUACGUCCAACUUGGAGAUAUCAUAUGGACUUUAUUGAAUGCCAAGCGGAGAAUCCAGUUUAUGGUCCACCUAUCUGGCAUGAUAGACUUCAAUUAAAUAUCACAUUUGCACCACAAUUCUAUGGGCUUCAAGUAGGUGAUCACCGAGUAAUACGAGAAGGUGAAACGACUCAUCUAGACUUUGGAUUAUAUGCAAAUCCUCCAGUUACAUCUGUUUCAUGGUUUCGUAAUGAUCAAUUACUUCCAUUUGAACCUAAAGAAACUGAUACAUGGCAAGGUGUUUUUGCAGCUGGUUCUGUUGGAGAACUACUUUCAUUACAUAAAAUUAAUCGAGAAAAUAUGGGCAAUUAUACAGUGGUAGUUUCUAAUUCACAACAUGAAUCACGAAACACAUUUUUUCUUAAUGUUACAUAUCCAGCAAGUAUUGUUGGUAAACUUGAAGAGAACAUUACACAAACGACUAAAGACUAUGCUGCUUUAGAUUGUAAAGCUAAUGCGAAUCCGGCUAUACCUGAUAGAACAUUUAAAUGGUAUCGUUACUUUCCACCUAAGGGCUGGACAGAAGAAGUAGAUGAGGGGGCAUUACAACUGAGUGAACCGAUUUAUUGUAAUCAAUCUCAGGUUGACAAACCAAAAAUGCUUGCUCAGUGUUUUCAACAAGAUAAGUUUCAAAUUUCUAGUACAUUUUACAUCUAUCAACUUACAGAAGAUGAUGUUGGUAAAUAUGUUUGCGAGGUCAGUAAUGGAAUAGGUGAACCAGUGAAGAAGACAUUUAAUCUUUUGUAUCAUUUUCCUCCAAAAAUAAUUCAAUUGCCUCGAUAUACAAAAGCAGCUGGUGAACAAAGUUCCAAAGUAUGGUUAACAUGUUACAUUCGUACAGAACCAACUCCACAAAUUGCUUGGCUCAAAGAUAAUAAAUUAAUCCCAAUGGAUGCGUUAAUUCAAAGUAAAACUACAGAUAGUAAAAAUGGAAUGAAAAAAUAUGAAAAUUUUUUAACUCAUAUACGUCCUGGAUUAUAUAAAGCUCAGUUAGCUGUUAAUGAUAUUAGAAAAUAUGACUUUGGUUCCUAUAGUUGUCAGGCUGCUAACUUACAAGGUGAAGCUCAACUAGGAAUUCAUUUGUCUGGAACAUCCACCCCAGAUGCACCGAUAAAUUUUCGUCUUCUAAAUGCAACCACAUCAACUUUGCAUGUUGCCUGGACUCAAGGUUUUGAUGGUGGAUUGGCACAAACUUUUCAGGUUCGUUGGCGUGAAGUUGGUUCAAUUAGUUUGUAUAAAUAUGCUGAUGUAGCGUCAAAUGAUAAUCGAAAUGGAGUUGAGUACUUCAUUACCGGUUUAAAACCUGGAAGUGAAUACAUAGUCAGUGUGAAUUCUAUGAAUUCAAAACAUGGAUCUAGUGCCUACACAGACCCUAUUCAUUUAAGAACACUACCAAUAGAUUCAUACAAUGGACGUGAACCUAUGCCACCCUUAUCAAAUUCUGGUUAUUCAGAUGACAAUGCUUUAUUAAUCAUAGUAUCUGCAUGUGUUUUUGGAUUUGUUAUUCUUCUUAUUAAUGUCAUAGUUAUUAUUUUCUUAAUUAAACGACGUCGUCAUCGUAAUAUGAUGAGAAGACGUCAAUAUAAAUCUGAUCAAGGAGUUACUAUGACAAAUGGAGUUGCAUUAACACGUCAUGAUCAAUCUGGUACUGAUAUGAAAGCACAUCUUCAAUCAUCUUUUAUUGAUCAAAAUGAUAAUUUUGUAGAUACAGAUAUCAGUACAACAUGUAUAUGUUGUCCACCUAACAAAAAAAAACUCACAAGUUCAGGUUAUGUAAAAGCAGACUCUUAUGGUAAUUUUUCCCGUACACAUGGUUAUGCACCUCACGAUAUUUGUCCAUCUCAGUGUUCUCAGUAUAUACCUGCAGAUGUUGAUCAACAAGGAAAUUUGAUGAGUCAUAACAUCACAAGCAGUAAUCCAGAUUUUAAUCACUUAACUUCUAAUCAAAUGACAACAAGUUAUCCGGUUCGCCAUUUAACAUCUCCAAAUCCAUAUUACAAUAAUACGCUUAAUUAUCCAAUGAAUCGUCAUGGUUCUACUGAACUUGGGAUAGUUUAUUCAUCAGCAAAUCCAGUUAAUCAAUUAAGACAUGAACAUGGAAGCAUAAAACAUUCUACUCGCCAUGGUCAACACACUCCAAGGCAACCAAAUCAGUCUCGUUACUAUGGUACAAAACCUAAUUUUGGAAGUACACGUUAUUUUUGUUCAUCAAGAGAAGUUAUUCAAUCGAAUACAUCUAGAAAAAAUAUACCUCAUUUUGAAAAUCGACAAAGUGUAAACAAUCUUUCUCAUGCAAUAUCUAGUGACUUAUUUACUCUUCAAAACCAAUGUGAUUGUGAACAACAAUAUUCAAUGCACAAACCCCAUCAAAUUCAAUGUCAAAAACGAUUACCAUAUUCUUGUUCUACUUGCUUAAAAUCAAAAUCAAGUUUACAUAAUAGUAAGCAGUCAUUUCAUACACUCACACUCAGAAUUCUGUCACUGAUAAUUUUUCUGAAGAGGACAAAGAUUCCGAUCGUAGUCGUUAUGUGGAUCAACUUAGACGUAUUCAAUACAGUGGUGGGCCGACUGCUCAGGGAUUAUGAGGUUGUCUCAAACCCUUUACUAGGUAAUAUCAACAUACAAAAUGAUCAUUCAAGUCGUGAUUCUAAUUUAGCACCUUCUCAAGAGGAGCACAAUAUAAAUAACUUCCAUUCAUGCUUAUCAAAAUCCAAAUUAAAUAUGCACAAGAUCGAAUUGAUGAAUAAUACUGAUAAUAAUCAUCUUAUCUCUAAUUUAAAUCAAUAUAACGAACAACUAGGCGGUUUAGCAGACAAUGAAAAUCUUGAAACGUCAAGAUUAUUAUAUUCAAAUCAGUUCAACCGUCAACAACAACAAAAUCAACACAUUACUAAUGAUUUCUCUGCCAUUCCAAAUGUAGAUAACACCGAAAUCAGGUCAACCCAUCUAUCUGACUGUUUUGUCUAACUUCUUUUGUUGUUUUUC